AUGGCCUUGCGGAGAGCUGUGCGGCUGUCCUUGAAGAAGCCCACCCACGCCGUGUGUGUGGUGGGAGUUGAGACGUACGUGGACGUUCACAGUGAUGUGCCCAAGGGUGCCGAGACCUUCGGGGUCUCUGAGAGCUCCGGGGUGAGGGUCUUCGUGGCCUACGACCCAGAGCAGGUGACAGUGCCAACAGGCCAGGCCCGCUGGCCUCUGGACGCCAGCGUGGAUGUGAUUGUAUCCGUGGACGCAGCCAGUAAGGACGUAAAUGAUCUUAAGGUGAAGGUCUCCUACUUCGGGGAGCACGAGGGCGACGCCCUGGGCCACAGCGUGCUCCACCUCACGGGCGUCGACAUCUCCCUCGACGUCGACACGGGCCGCACGGGCAAGGUGAAGAGCAGCCAAGGUGACAAGAAAACCUGGUGCUGGGGCCCUGAGGGCUAUGGGGCUGUCCUGCUGGUGAACUGUGACCGAGAUAGUCCCAGGUCUAGGGGGCUCGACCUCGCCAACAGGCAGCUGAUGUCGCUGGAUGACCUGCAGGACAUGUCCCCGAUGGUGCUGAGCUGUGAUGGCCCAGACAAGCUCUUCGACAGCCACAAGCUGGUCUUGAACGUGCCGUUUUCUGAUGCCAAGAGAGUGCGGGUCUUCUGUGCUAGGGGUGGCAAUUCCCUCUCAGACUACAAGCAAGUGCUGGGGCCGCAGCGUCGGUCCUACGAAGUCAAGCGGCAGGUGGGGGAGCGGCAGAUCAGCUUCUACGUGGAGGGGCUCACCUUCCCCGACGCUAAUUUCCUGGGGCUGGUCUCCCUCAGCGUCAGCCUGGUGGACACCAGGACCCUGCCUGAGGUGCCCCUCUUCACAGACAGCGUGGCCUUCCGCGUGGCUCCCUGGAUCAUGACCCCCAACACCCAGCCCCCCCUGGAGCUGUAUGUGUGCAGAGUGAUAGACUCUCAUGGCUCAAAUGACAAAUUUCUGGGUGAUGUGUCUGACCUGGCACUGAAAGCCAACUGCAAGCUGAUCAUCUGCCCUUGGACUGAAAAUCGAAAUGACCGCUGGAUCCAGGACGAGAUGGAGUUUGGCUACAUCGAGGCCCCUCACAAAUCCUUCCCGGUGGUCUUUGACUCCCCCAGAGACAGAGGCCUGAAGGACUUCCCCUAUGAGAGGAUCCUGGGUCCUGACUUUGGAUAUGUCACCAGGGAGAUCCUGUUGUCUGGCGCCUCUGGCCUCGACUCCUUCGGCAACCUCGAUGUCAGCCCGCCGGUGACGGUGGGCGGCAAGGAGUAUCCCCUGGGCCGGAUCCUCAUCGGCAGCAACUUCCCCAAGUCCGGCGGGAGGCGCAUGGCCAGGGUGGUGCGCGACUUCCUGAGUGCCCAGCAGGUGCAGGCGCCCGUGGAGCUCUACUCCGACUGGCUCUCCGUGGGCCACGUGGACGAGUUCCUGAGCUUCGUGCCCGCCUCCGACCAGAAGGGCUUCCGGCUGCUCCUGGCUAGCCCCAGCGCUUGCCUCCAACUGUUCCAGGAGAAGAAAGAGCAGGGCUACGGGGACGCGGCCCAGUUUGAUGGGCUGAAGCACCAGGCAAAGAGAAGCAUUAAUGAGAUGCUGGCAGACAGACGCCUCCAGAAGGACAGUCUCCACGUACAGAGCUGCAUCGACUGGAACCGGGAGGUGCUGAAGCGGGAGCUGGGCCUGACGGAGCGGGACAUCAUCGACAUCCCCCAGCUCUUCUCCCUGAAGGGCUCCUACGCAGAAGCCUCCUUCCCCGACAUGGUCAACAUGGUGGUCUUAGGCAAGCACCUGGGCAUCCCCAAGCCCUUCGGGCCCAUCAUCGACGGCCGCUGCUGCCUGGAGGAGAAGGUGCGGUCCCUGCUGGAGCCGCUGGGCCUCCACUGCACCUUCAUCGACGACUACUUGUCCUACCACAAGCUGCUCGGGGAGGUGCACUGCGGCACCAACGUGCGCCGGCAGCCCUUCUCCUUCAAGUGGUGGAACAUGGUGCCCUGAGCCCGUCCCCACCCGCCUCCUCUCCGCCCACCUGCCAGGGACCCCUGCCCAGGGGAGGGCGAGGAACCUCCACCUGGCCUCCAUCCUCUUGGGGGAGCCUCGGGCACUUCCCCCCGAGUGCCUGCAAACGUGCUGGCCACCGAGGGCACCGGGACACGGGGAUGGACACGGCACAUCCUCACCUCUGGAGUGGUCUACCCAGCCUGAGAAGGACCGCCCUCGUUCUUCCCUCUCCUCUGCCCCAUCCACUACGCCCGGAGCUUCUGGGAAAGAUUGACAUGGUCGGCGUGGCCUCUGCAGGUGCCCUACUUUGAACUGCUCCCCGUCUGUUCUGACACUCCACGUUUGCACGCCAGGAAUGGGGCCCAGAGAGCCUGGACUCUGGGGUGAGGGCCCUGGGUCUAGGCCACUGGUGGCUCUUGUAGACCAGGAAGGGGACAUGAGGCACCGUCUUUCUCCACCAGCUACCUUCCCCUGCGGGGGACCCCAGGCUGUGACCUCCCAGCAGCCCUCAGCCGUCUUUAUGCAGGCGAACAAGGACAGAAAAACCCCGCGUCUGGGGGCCUGUUUAAAAAGGAAAGGCAACACAAACCCUUAGUACCUGACUCUGUCCUCAGAAGGGUGCUUGUUACCUGUUUGGAAAGCCUCUAAUUACGAGUGCUGGCUGCUUCCUGCUUACACACACUGGGAGGCCAAAAUGAGGCCUGAGGAGGGCGGGCGUUGGGAGCCAGGCAGGAGGGGAGGAGGCCAGGAGGGCAGAGAAAGCUGAGGCACGAGGAUGAAGCUGGGGCUGGCUCCUGCAUCCUAGCCUCCUGGGCAUUGGAUUUUGGACUCUGGAUA